UGUCUACGUCACAAAAGUGCGACCCAGAGAGUACUAGCUAGGAACGCUAGGACUUUUAGCUCGCAGGGCUAAUGUGAAUUGAUCAUCAAAAUGAUUAAUUCAAAUGAGUUGUCAGCCUUGAGGAACAGGUUCAAGAGAGAUGCGGACCUUUUAAUGCAAACGUCUGCAACAAGUGUCGAAGACGAAAAGAGCCAGGAGGAGAAAGAUUUGAAACCCCUUCCCCGCAUCAAUAAACACUCCGUAUUCUGGAUCGCUGCAUCUGCUGGUGUCACUUACUAUGUGGAUUUCUUUCACGUCGUUUUGGAAAGCGACGAAAUCAAAAGCUGGUGGUUCAAUGUUGGCUUGACACUCCUUGGGAUCUGCUUGACUCUGGCAAUGUUCUGCAUUGUGUACUUGGAGUGGUUCAAAGGCAUCCCGCACUACGACCAAGAGUACCCCGCCAUUCCUCCCGUCACCACUGCAGCCUUUAUCGCUGCGUCCUGCAGCUUUAACAUUGCACUGUGGCCGGUGUGGUCCUUCUUCACUCCAAUCAUUCUCUUCACACAGUUCAUGGGCGUAGUCAUGUUCAUCUCUUUGCUUGGAUGAAUAGAAAAGGAGGGAUUUUAUUUUUUUAAAUGUGCCUUUUUAUUUAUUGUAUUGGCUUUAACUGCUUUGGUUAUUUACACCAGAUUUUUUACCAAAAAAAGGCUAACGAUUUCUCUGAAAGUAGUUAAAAAAAGAGGGUUUUUUGUCAUUUAUAACAAAAAUUAUUAUUUUUUUUAAAUGUCCUUUAAACUUUUCUUUUAACUGCUUUUUUUCUUUUACAAUCGUCAGUUCCAUAAUGUAACUCAAUAUUUGUCAUCAUGAAAUAAUGCGUACUUAAGGCUAAGAUAUUAAACACAUUUCUCUUAAAAAAAUGUUUGUUUUAAUAUGUUUAGCUGUGUUAAAAAAAUUCCCUGAACUAAUUUUCUUUUUAACAAUGUUUUCUAUUUGAUACGUUGUCCUUGUAAAAGUGAUGCUCAAAUAAAGAAUUUUCCAGAAUCA